CUUCUUGCUGUUAUUCUUCAUAAACCCCUCUUCACUUCAUCGAAAGCUCGAAACCACAUUUCUCAGUGAAAAUGGCGAAUCUGGACAUGACUCUGGAUGAUAUGAUAAAAAAGAACAAAUCUUCUCGGGCCGGGCCCCGAACUUCCGGUCCAGGUCCCACCCGCCGCCUUCCUAACCGCUCCGCCAGCGCCGCCACUCCAUAUUCAACCACCACGUCUCGAGCACCGGUGGCUCAGUGGAACCACGAUACUUUCGCGGCGGAGCCGGCAUUUCCCGUUGUAGGUGGAGCUAGGGUUUCAGCGAUUGAAACCGGGACUAAGCUCCUUGUUUCCAAUUUGCAUUUUGGUGUCUCCGAUGAGGACAUUAAGGAGAUAUUCUCGGGUGUUGGUGAUCUGAAAAGUUGUUCGGUUCACUAUGAUAGGGUUGGAAGAUCAGAGGGAACUGCUGAAGUAGUGUUUUUUCGCCGUAGAGAUGCAGAGGCUGCCAUAAAGAGAUACAACAAUGUCCAAUUGGAUGGAAAGCCUAUGAGGAUUGAGAUUAUAGGGUUGAACAUGGCAAUGCCUCCUCUUCUCCCUCUCCCUCUCCCUACACCUUCACAUGGCAGGAAUGUUCCGUUUCAAGCAAGUGGUAGUGCUGUAAGACGACCACAGGGCGGUGCUCGAGGAAUGAGGAAGGUUAAUGGAGUUGGUAGAGGGCGCGCUGAAAAAAUAUCGGCAGAAGAUUUGGAUGCUGAUUUGGACAAGUAUCUUGCUAAAGCAAAGGAAACAAACUAGAGAUGUAUUCGGAGAAGUUCGACGCAGUGAUAUUCUUGAUUUGGUAGUGUGAAAAGCGAAACAAUUAUCUUUUUGUAGAGAGGAUUUGACUGUAGAAACACUGAAAGCAAUGCAUGAUCUUUAGAAUUGUUUUCCAGUAUGUUGUUGCACUUGAAAAUGAAGAGCAAAUUAAUUAGUAUGAAAUUGGUAUUAAUUAGAGUAUUAUUGUGUUCAUAAAUACAGGGUUUUCCUGCAUUGUGUCAGCCAUUAACAUUUGUUCUGCACU